AUGUUUUACCGAACAUGAACCUUAACACACUGUAAUAAGGAGACACGUGUAUACAUAUUAUUGAAGCGUGUGAGGAAAUCCCGUGAGCAAAGGAAAACAGAUCAGUCGUCGGCCAACCGCCGCGCUGAACACGCGUCGCGUUGAAAACAAAAGACGCGCGAACCGACAAUAAAUCUAUUUAUUUACAUUAUAAGCGACAAUAAAUUGUAACUAAGGUGCCAAAUUACGACAAUAAUGAGUGAAACUAAGAUGGAUGUAUGCGGCAGCGUAAUGGAUGGCGUUAAUGAGAAAGGGGCGAAUUUAGAGUCCCCCUCUAAAAAAGUUGAAUACAAAGUAUCCCCCUCCAGAUAUCUUAUGUUGGGUAUAUUUGUGUUCUAUUCGGCUUCCAAUGCUUUUCAAUGGAUACAGUAUAGUAUAAUACAGGACGCCGUGGUGAAAUAUUAUGAGGUUUCCAGCAUCACCGUGUAUUGGACGUCCAUGAUCUACAUGAUUACUUACAUUCCGCUGAUCUUUCCGGCUAGCUGGCUUUUGGAUAAAACUGGUCUCCGCGUGACAACAAUCAUCGGAUCCUUCGGAACAUGUCUGGGCGCGUGGCUCAAGGUGUUCUCCGUGCCUCAGGACAUGUUCUGGCUGGGCUUCACGGGGCAGACCAUUGUGGCUAUCUCACAGGUGUUCAUCCUGAACGUGCCCCCUCGGUUGGCUGCGGUGUGGUUCGGGGCUGAUCAGGUGUCAUUGGCCUGCAGUAUUGGAGUUUUCGGAAAUCAGCUCGGCGUGGCCCUCGGCUUCGUGCUUCCCCCAAUGUUCGUGAAAGCCGGCGGCACCAUUGAACAAAUCGCGGCCGACUUCCAGUUCAUGUUCUACCUGGUGGCCGGGGUUACCAGUGUGCUCUUCGUUUUCAUCUUGUUGUUCUUCAAACGAGCCCCAGCAACGCCCCCCUCCGCCGCCGCCGACCUCGGUGCCAGUCUCGACUCUAACUUCUUGCACUCCGUCAAGAAACUUUUCACCAACCGCAACUAUAACCUGCUGCUCAUCUCCUAUGGACUCAAUGUUGGCGUGUUCUACGCUAUAUCGACCCUGCUCAAUGAAGUUGUGCUGAAAUUCUUCCCCGGUGCCAACGAAGAUGUCGGCCGCAUCGGCCUCAUGAUCGUCGUCGCCGGCAUGCUCGGCUCCGUCAUCUGCGGCUUCAUUCUCGACAAGACGCACAAGUUCAAGGAGACGACCUUAGCUCUGUACGCGGCUUCGGUGGUCGGCAUGGUCAUAUUUACGUUCACGCUUGACUGCGGGGAGAUCGCUGUGGUGUACUUCAGCGCCAUCAUACUUGGAUUCUUCAUGAACGGGUAUCUACCGGUUGGGUUCGAGUUCGCCUCCGAAAUAACGUAUCCUGAGCCUGAAGGGACCACGUCUGGGAUUCUUAACGCUGCUGUUCAGCUAUUCGGCAUCGUCCUGACCCUCCUCUACGAAUGGAUGCUAAAAGUCACCGACACCCGCUGGUCCAACCUCACCCUCUGCGGACUGCUGGCUUUAGGCACGGCCAUCACAGCUGCCAUCAGCUCGGAUCUGAGACGGCAGGCCGCUGAACAGAAGAAGUAGACCGUAUGGCUAUGACAAUAGGGUUCUAUAUUAAAUAAGUUUCCAACGCUUUCAACCUCACUCUCUGCGGACUAGGCACGGCUAUCACAGCAGCCUGAUGGCUGCGAGCUGCUGCUCGGACCUACGGCGGCAGGCCGCUGCACAGAAGAAGUAGACCGUAUGGCUAUGACAAUAGGGUUCUAUUUUCAAUAAGUUACCGACACUUUCAAGUUCAAUCUCUGCUGACUUCUCGCUCUAGGCGCGGCUAUCACGGGAGCUAUCAGCUCGGAUCUGAGACGACAGGCCGCUGAACAGAAGAAGUUAACCGUAUGGCUCUGACAAUAGGGUUCUAUUUUAAAUAAGUUACCGACACUUCCAACCUCACUCUCUGCGGACUUCUCGCUCUAGGCGCAGCCAUCAGCUCGGAUCUGAGACGACAAGCUGCUGAACAGAAGUAAACCGCAUGUGUAUGACAAUAGGGUUUUAUUUUAAAUGGGGAUCUGGAUGUUUAAGUGUCUUUUUUUAAGUUUUUAUGGGUUAUUGAGUCAAUCAACGUAUUGCUGUUCCUUGAGCAAGGGGAUAUUAGAUGCAAAGAUUGUUAAAAAAAUGCCGUAACACAUACUUCUUAGAUUAUGUAGCCUACAAUGAUCCAAAAAUCACCAGAGACGGUUUGUUUCAUGCGAUAAAAUUCCAUGUAUUGGCAAUUGUUAAAGUGUGCAGGUCACGUAACCAUGGAAAACAAGUGUACAAAAAAGUCGAUUCACCCACAACCCUUUCACUGGACACUUUCUGUUAUCUUGCUUAUGAUAAGAUGCUGAGCGGAUGUGUUUAAGUUAAGGUAUUUGUUGGUAAAAAAAAAGGUUUAUUUUGUAAUUAAUAGGUAUCAAUGGUUCUUUAGUAAAUUAUGGUUUUUUGGUUCCGAUCUGCAGCUCGCAGGAACCUGUAUGCUUUUGACAGGGUUGGUUUUAAGAAAACGAAGUGAUUGUUAAGAGAGACCCAAGAGUCCCAAGACUAGCAUUUUUAGCGUCGGCGUUCAGUCAGCAGCGCUAUGGCAAAUACGUCGCUGCGGCUGCGCAGUAGCGCCAAAGUUGCGUCGAGUACCAGGCAUAGAGUUGACUAGACGCUGACGCUAGGAGACGCGAGUGGGGUCUUUCUAAAUAUAUGUAUGUUUUAUAACUUAGGGUAAUUUAUUUAGAGAGAUAAUUUAACAGUAUUCAAAACAUAAACUGAUUCAGUUUAUUUUAAAAAUGUAAACGAAUGUGUAACUGCGGAGUAUGUUUGGGCCUAUCGCAAAGUUCGGAAACCGAUUUUUAAAUUUUUUGUAUAAUUAGCUCCAGAAGUUUUAUGAUUUUAUUCCAAGUGUUUUUUUUUACUUACAACUUUGAAUAUAUGCACUUGUUGAAUUAAGCAAAAUUAAGAAAAAUAGAUAUACCUAACGUGUAUUACCUAGAUAAAAAGCAAAGCUAGGGAUUCAUCUUGGUAUGCAUUUAUACAAAUUCAAGUAUUUAGAAUUAGCAUUGUAACUAUAAAAGAUGAUAGCCUUUUAUUAUAUCUUUACAUUAAAUCAGCUAAAUUUUAUAAUAAUAUUAUGCAUUUAAGUACCGUUUUUGUUCAGGUAAAUAUACAAAUAUAAACAUAUUUAUCGAUAAUUAAUAUAUUCUUUAAUUCUGAGUAGGUACAUUUUGGUAGUGUAGGGUAAUUUCAAAUGAUGGGUUAAUCCGUAAAUAUACCUACUUAAAAAUGUUAACUUUCAUUAUGGAUUUUUUUUUUCAAGAUUUUCAUGAUAAUUGAAUGAAAUGAAAAACUCUAUUAAUGAUAAUAUACAAUUUAUAAUUGUGAUCAAUGUUUGAAAUUCCAUCACGUUUUGAGUUGAAAUUACAACGUUUUUUACAUUACCUUAAGAUACCUACCUACUUUAUAGAAUUUGUGCGCAUUUUAAUAUAUAUGUACUUAGGGCAUACUGAAAAUUCCUGGACUGGAUGGCCAGUAUGUAAAUGGUUACAAAAAAUAAGUCGUCUCAGAAUCCAGAAACUUUCAGUAUGGCCACGUAUUCAUAGACUAGUAAAAUCGAUACGUCGUAAUCGUGACAAUAAAAGGUGUGACCGCGACCAAAGGAAGUAUUUUGCAGAACGUUUUUAAAAUUAAAUGUAUCGUUGGUAGCUCUUAAAGUUUCUCGAUGUCUGUAGUUA